UCUGGAGAAUCUGGACAUUCAAAAUUGCCGGGAAACUAACGGCUCUCUUAAACCCUUAAUUUCUAUUUCAAUCCUCAAAUUGAUUUCUCUCUUAAACCCUAAUCCCCCUCAAAAUUUCCCCAGAAACUAAUAGAAAAGCAAUUAAACGUUCCUUCCUUAAAUCCUAAAACCCUCUACUUUCAUGCUCACCAAAUGGGCUCCUUUCCAUUUAUCUAUCAAACGACAAAUCAUCUACCCUCUCUCUUCCUUACUCUUCUCUAAACCCUCAGUCUCCGCCGCACGUCUCGCUGGCGACGAACCCAGCACCUCAACUGCCUUAAUUGAUGCAAGCCGCAAUGACCCCGUUUCCGAAAUUGUUGUAAAUAUAAACAAUUCAGAGUUUAAGAGACUUCUUGAUUUGGGUUAUUUGAGAAAUAUUGUAUUAAGUCUGAGCGAGUCUCAGGUUGAUCAGAUUUUUUAUCGUUUGAGGGUUCAGAAUCCGGAUCAUGUGGUGGCGUUUUUUGAUUGGUUGAGGAUUGAGUUCGGGUUUAAGCUUCCACGGGUUUCGAGCUUUAUUGUUUCACAUGUUUUGGCGGGAAAGAGGAGAUUCAAGGAGUUAAGGUCGGUCUUAGAGCAAAUGCUGCAAAAGGAAGGCUCUGGUUCUGCUCCUUUCCUUUGUGAGGUUCUCUUGAAUGGCUUUAGGGGCUGGGAGACAAACAGAGAGGUAUGGGAUAUGUUGGCAUUUGUUUAUUCAAGAUCUGAGAUGGUUCAUGAUGCCCUUUUCGUUCUUGUGAAAAUGAAAGACUUGGACUUGAGAGCUUCUGUUCAAACCUAUAACAGUCUUUUGUACAAUUUGAGGCACACUGAUAUUAUGUGGGAUGUAUAUCAUGACAUCAAAGUUAGUGAGACUCCUAUGAAUGUAUAUACUAAUUCCAUACUUAUAGAUGGCUUAUGCCAGCAGUCCAGACUACAAGAUGCAGUUUUGUUCUUUCAGGAGACUGCAGGGAAGAAGUUUGGGCCUUCUGUUGUCUCUUUGAAUACCAUCAUGUCUGGGUACUGUAAACUGGGUUUUGCUGAAGCUGCAAAGGCUUUUUUCGGUAUGAUGAUCAAGUAUGGCCUGCAUCCUGAUGCAUAUAGUUAUAACAUUCUUAUUCAUGGUUUGUGUGUAGCUGGUUCCAUGGAAGAAGCAUUGGAGUUCACAAAUGACAUGGAGAGGCAUGGGGUGGAGCCUGAUACAAUAACCUACAGAAUUCUUGCCAAAGGAUUUCAUUUGCUUGCUCGCAUCAGUGGAGCUUGGAAGGUCCUUCAGAAAAUGUUGAUUAAAGGAUUGAAUCCAGAUCUUGUUACAUAUACUGUCCUGAUUUGCGGGCAUUGCCAGAUAGGGAAUAUUGAGGAAGGAUUAAAGUUGCGAGAAGAGUUGCUCUCACAAGGUUUUCAGUUGAAUGCCAUCUCAUACAGUGUACUACUCAGCAGCCUAUGUAAAUGUGGAAGAGUUGAGGAAGCAUUGAGACUUCUUUAUGAAAUGGGAGCUACUGGCUUGAAGCCUGAUCUCGUUACAUAUUCAAUCCUCAUUCAUGGUCUUUGCAAGCAAGAAAAAAUCCAAAAUGCUAUCCAACUAUAUAACAAAAUGUGCUCCGAGAGAAUCACACCUAAUUCUUUUGCACAAGGUGCUAUUCUUCGGGGCCUGUGCAAGAAAGAAAUGAUAUCGGAGGCAAGACUGUAUUUUGAUAGUCUUACCAAAAGUGACUUGACACGGGAUAUUAUUUUGUACAAUAUAAUGAUUGAUGCGUAUGUUAAAAGUGGUACCAUUGGGGAGGCUGUCCAGUUGUACAAACAACUAGCUGAAAAAAGAAUUAGUCCUAGUAUAAUAACUUUUAAUUCCCUUAUUUAUGGAUUCUGCAAGAAGGGAAAGGUAAACGAAGCUAGAAAUUUUUUGGAUACUAUCAGAUUGCAUGGGUUGGAACCAAGUGCAGUAACUUAUACCACUCUUAUGAAUGCAUACUGUGAAGAAGGAAACAUGCAUAGCUUGUUUGAAUUGCUGAGAGAAAUGGAAGCAAAAACUAUAGGACCAACUCAUGUCACUUACACUGUUGUUAUCAAAGGACUUUGCAGACAGUGGAAGCUGCAAGAAGCCAUUCAAUUGCUUGAGGAUAUGUUAGCUAAAGGUUUAACUCCUGAUGAAAUUACAUAUAAUACCAUCAUCCAGAGUUUCUGCAAAUGUAAAGACAUAAGAAAAGCUUUUCAGUUACUCAAUGAGAUGUUGCUGCAUAAUCUUGAGCCUACACCUGUUACAUAUAAUAUUCUCAUCAAUGGUCUUUGUGUAUAUAGUGAGCUAAAAGAUGCAGAUAGUCUACUCUUUUCUCUUCAGGAACGUAAUAUCAAUUUGACAAAAGUUGCUUACACAACAAUAAUCAAAGCACAUUGUGUCAAGGGUGAUGUGGACAGUGCGGUGAUAUUCUUCCGUCAAAUGGUGGAGAAGGGGUUUGAAAUUUCAAUAAGAGAUUAUAGUGCUGUGAUCAAUAGACUGUGCAAAAGGUGUUUAAUUACUGAAGCAAAAUACUUUCUCUGCAUGAUGAUGUCUGAUGGCUUUCCUCCCGAUCAAGAGAUAUGUGAAGUGAUGCUUAAUGCCUUUCAUCAAGUUGGUGAUAUCAAUUCAUUUCAUGAACUGGUUGCUAAGAUGAUCAAAUCCGGCCUAUUUGAUGAUAAAUUAAUGAGAAAGUAAUGGUUCUCAUAUAUCUCAUUGGUGGAAAGAUCGGCUGGUGAAUUGACAUCCGAUUUUACUGCAUUAGUGGCAGCAUAGUCAACGCCUUGAGAGUGUCCUAGAUUCUACUCUAUAUUAUGCCAUAAGUCAACUGCGAGGAAUGAUCAUCUUUAUUUGUUUUUUAAACAUUGGCAGUGGUGACAUCACAACAACCAUUUCCAGAAUGAUUAUUAAAACCCUUCCCGCUGAUAUAUUGCUGGAAAAUUUGGUUAGUUUCUAAAACAAACCUGGAAGAUAUUUGCAGGAUACUGGAGGUGCCAGGGAGAUGGCAUGGUAGUAUUUGAAUUGCACCAUUUUAUCUGGUUGCAUGCCACACAUAGCUAGUUACACAAAAACAAACUCUAUAUCAUCAGUGGAAACAACUCAAUCACUAUAUUCAAUUGAAAGCUUCGUAGCAUGCUGAAAAGAUCAGAAAGUGGUGCGGUUGUGACCUUUCUCACAGCCAAUACUUGAAUCUUAACGCUUUAGAUGGUGGAAAAUUCCAUUUCAACGUGACAUUCCAUUUUAAAUACUUGCAUUGUUUUCUUUCUUUUUUAUGAUUUCUUUCUUCCACUUUGAGGCUCGACCACCUCAUAUAACCUCCAUCCUGUAUGCUUGCAGGAAAUGGAACUGGGCUAUGAAUCUGUUCAUGUAACUUUGAAAUAAUCAGGUUUGAGUAGGGGUGCAGUCGAACCGAGUAGCUCGUGCUUGUUCGUCACGAACUCAGGCUUAUUUCGUCAAAAGACGAGUAGUUCACGAGUUGAGCUCCACCUUCAAGCUCGCAAAAGGUGUCGAGCUUUUCUGGGCUCGAUUCGAACUACUCACGAUCUUCAAAUUGCUUGCGUCGUCAUUCGAGUCGGUGAAGCUCGUGAGCUUGAUCGACGUUUCAGCUCGCAUAAGAUCAGAUUUGCCCUAAAAUCUAAAACAAAGACACUCGGCUGCAAAUCCCUAAAACAAAGACAUUUCCCUUCAAGCUAUUUCACCUCCCCCUCCACCGUCACCACCGUCAUCUUCACUUCUUCACACCGUAAAGUCUGAGACGCCACCCUUCAUUGAGCAACCACCAGAUGGCUUCUUCUUGUUUGCUUGUUGCUAUGUUUGUGUGCAGGUGGUUGGAGAGGGACAGUAGGCUGGGUGCUUUUGGCGGUGUUGGUGGGUUUGUGUGGAUGUGAUGUCAACCUCUUAGGAGCCUGGGGGUUUCAGUGGGCUGGUGGUUUUGUGCGGAGCUGGUGGGUUUUGUUUCCUGUGCUUGUUUUCUAGGCUGGUUUUGUUUUUCUGUUUGUUGGUGUUUAGGGGUUUUUGUAUAGUGUUUCGCCUUUUGUGCUCCUGGUGUGGGCUGUUUGUAAAAGAUUUUGUGGAAGU